AUGGCUCUAAUUUGCCAGACAUUCUGUGUGAGUACAUGUAGAGCAGUCCUUGUGCCUUCUAUCUCUAUCUGCUUCGUGAUGUCUACGAGCACUAACCCCACAAUCCAACCCACCCCCCAACCAACACCAACAACACCUUCCAUCGCCUCGCCUCGGCAAAGCGCGCAAAACAGCAGAAAUGAUUCUCAGAUCAGUAUUCAAUCGCCUGAAACUGAACCUCUUUUUCGAUACCCUCGCGGUUAUCCCAACCUAUCCGCAACGAUGAAUAGCGACCCUAGUCUUGCAAUGUUCCGAAGAUUCGGUAAAAUACGAAUACGCAGUCUCCUCUAUAAACAAGACCAUCUAGCAGAAUUAGAGAGAAGGCUAUAUGUACUAGAUUUGAAGGAGGAUGAUCAGGUCAAUCUUUCGAGUAGGAGAUUUGACAAUAAUGCAGAACGAAAGGAAAUAAUGGCGGAGAUCGAUAUAGCCCUAAAAGACUAUGACAAAGCACUGUUCAACUGCAGCAAAAUAUUCGGUUUUCCAGCUGCGAGUGCAAAGAACAUCGAACAGUUAAGCCAGUGGAUUGAUGAUUCACAGCCUUUGGAGGCGGAAGAACAGCGAUUUCUAGAAGAUCGAUCAGAUGUUAUUACCCUUAGGGAAGAUCUUCUCGAGCGAGGGACACAGCUAAAACUAGCGGGUUUCUUAGCAAAGAAAUAUCUUACCUCAGAUAGCGACCCUCGAAAUCAUUUAAAUUCUGAUCCAAACGUGUACUAUAUUCCCGACGAUGGAGUUUUAAAAAUUGCAGGAUUUCUCAAGAUUGUGGUGCGAGUCGUUGUUACUAUCACAGCUGCAGCAACACUCCUCGUUCCAAUUGUCAUCCUAUGUUUUGUAAAGCUUCAACUCGUGCUUCAAACGGAGAGAUAUUUGGCGCUACCGCCGCGUAUGCUGCUGUUAUGA